UGCAGAGCCGUCGGCUCUUCCCCACUGCCCCCCGGCACGCCCGGGCACGUCCCCUGCGCGGCUGGACCCAGGAUACAGAAGUAGACUCUAGAUAAUUAACCAAGCUUAUUUCACUGCCAUGGAGAUCUGAGAUAAUCACCUGAGUUCCAAGUGGGUCCAUACUCUGCUUUAGAAGUUUGUGUUGGAAAACAAGAAAUUCUUCCGGGGGAAACCUAAAAGAUUGUGCUUAACUUAAUGCCCAGACUGAAGAGAAAUGUUUUAAACUACUAUGGAGGGCAAAGAAAUAUAUUUUGCUCUCCUUAAAACAUAGAUAUACUUACUGUGAAAGUGUCCUGGUGGGAAGAACAGAGGCACGAAAACAAAGAUAAGUCUUGGAUUUAUACUGUGUAUAAAUAGAUUUAUACUUACAGUUUUACUCAUAUUCUCAUCUUUGUAUGCAUAUACUGAUUCUCCUCUGGAUAUCAAUCUGAAUGUGUUAAAAAAAAUAGUUGAUGGAUGAAUCAGAUGAUGAUUUUAAUGAACUAUGCUCCAAACUUCUUCGAAGGGUGAGGAAGAAAGGGGCCAAAGAAGACCUAGGAGAAACAAGGACUCAGAAGGAGGCUAGUAGCAUUCAAACAAAAAGCAAAUUGAAAAGGACCAAACUUCCUCCUAAGACCAAAAUCAGCCAUGACUCCACAGAAAAGAAAACAGAGCUGGGCAAGAGAGGUCCAGCACCAGGGAAUGAAGGAAGAUGUGAAGUCACUUCCCAUGAAAGCAGAGUGGCCUCUACUUCAAAAAGAGAGGGAGACAUUCUUGCAGCCACUCAGAAAGAACCUGGGCCACAACCAAGUCAGCCAAAAACCUGGACAGUAGGUGUUGUAGAUGAUUCUUCUCAGACAGCAUCACACUGUUUGACUGCUUUGUUACCAAGUGUCUCCAAACCCCGGGCAGCAGAGCUGGUAUUGCGAAAAAUGCAGCAGUUCAAGAGAACAGAUCCAGAAAGGUUGAAACAUGCCCCUGAAGAUUGUUCAGUGGAGACUGUACUUAAAGAAAACGUCUCAGAAUCCAGUCAGGAGGAGGAUACACAGAACAGUGGAAAUAUGCCGGGGCUUACUGUGACAGAGAGUGACGCAGCUCUGGCCUUGGCUUUACAGCAGGAAUUUGGUCAGGAGACCCCACAGAAUUCAGACAGUCUGGAGCAGGAGGGUUUGUUUUUCUGUCAGAUUUGUCAGAAGGAUCUCUCAGCCAUGAAUGCUGUUCGAAGGGAACAACAUGUUAACAGAUGCUUAGAUGAGUCAGAGAAGUCACUGGAACCUGCCUCUAUUGCACCCAAGAUCCCAGAAUGCCCAAUCUGCGGCAAGCCAUUCACUACUUCAAAGAGCAGAAAUAGUCAUUUGAAACAGUGUGCGGUCAAGAUGGAAGUUUCUCCCCAGCAACUAGUCCAGGCAGUCAGGCUGCAGACAUUUCAGCCUGAUGAGAACUUCCCAUCAGCAUCAAGCAAACCAGUUAGCGAGUCAAAGAGGAAAGGGUCAACCAAUGAAAAGAAACCACAGAAAAGGCGGAAGAUAUCCAAGACAGAGGCCAUGUCAGAGGACCUCCUUGUUGCAAUGGCAAUGUCCCAUUCUCUGAUGGAGCAAUCUAAGACAGUGACAAAUGAUAAUCUUGGAAAUGUGUUUCCAAACAACAUAAGGCCAGGAGCAGAGAAGAAAAGUCGUAAGAGGAAACUUGUUUCCCCACCUCAAUUGUUAGUUCAAGAUUCAGAGACUUACCUUCAACAGAUACAGGAUCGAAUUGCUAUUCUACUCACGGAGGAAUUCCAGUUAUCCAGCACUCCACCCCUUCCAUUGAGCAAAAUUUUGAAAGAAGAGAUGGGCAAGGCACCUUGGUGUCUGCUGCAGCCUGAAGAAAAACAAGGCAUUCUGUGGAAGGGCAGCUCUUUGACAGGAGCUUGGCCUCUGGAGUCUUUUUAUACUAAAGGAUUAGACCCUCCUAUUUUACCCUGGAAACCUACGAAGAAUUCAGAAAGGGGGCCCCUGCUGCCAUUAAUGGCAUUUAGCCAGUCCAAGCCAGAUGUGCAAGACCUUCCUGCCUUCAGUGAUCCCACUUCUGAAGGCUUUAACUUUAAAACUCCAGAAGAGCCUAAUUCCAGGAGGCAGUCACUUUCCGGUAGCCAGAAAGACCAUCAGACUCUGCAGGUCCUUAUCGAUCUGGCCGGAGAAGGGCUGACUCUCACCCAGUGGAACAGCGGUGCUGAGACCCAUUCCAGAAGUCUAUCAGGGAAAGAUCUGGAGUCCUGUGAUCUUCCGUUGACUGGAUUUGUCUUAUCACCCAGAGAGAAGAAACACUGGAGAAACAGCAAUUCUGCACUGUCACUUAGUUUGCUAUCUGCUGAUUUUGGUGCAAUGGUCAACAACCCCCACCUGAGUGAUGUGCAGUUUCAGAUGGACUCUGGAGAUGUGCUAUGUGCUCACAUGUUUGUGCUUUAUGCACGAUGCCCACGUCUCAUUCAGCUUGUACACAGUGAAGGUUUUUUUGUAGUGGAAGACGGGAGUUUGAGAACACGAAGAGUCCUUUUGAAUGAAGUGAGCACAGAGACAGCUCACAUGUUUCUACAGUACCUGUACACAGCUGAUACUAAUAUUCCUUCCCAUAUGCUCGCGGACUUGCAGUCACUAGCCAUCAGGUUUGGAGUGAAGGAACUUGUUGAUCUAUGUGAAAGUGGCCUAGAGGCUACUGAUAUUAAAUCAGAAGAUGAUGUGUUUUUGGUAGGGAAAGAAGAAGAGGAUUGUGAAAGUAGAGCAGAAAAUUUCCAAGAAUUAUUGAGGUCAAUGUGGGUAGAUGAAGAUAAGGAAUCAGAGUUUUUACUUAAGCCAGAAGACCAGGAAGAAGAUGACAGAGAGAAAGUAAAUGAAGAGGAAAUGGAAGAAAUUUAUGAGUUUGCCGCUACUCAGCGAAAGAUGCUCCAAGGGAAGUGUCAGACAAAGGAAGAUUCACUAGCUGGCCAGCCAGAGGUGGAAAUUCCAGUAUUUGGAUGUCUACCAACAAAUGUCAAAUUUAAAAAACAGCUGGACAAUACAUAUAAAAUAGACUCUUCUGAGCAAGUGAAAGGUCAAGAGCCAAGUGUAAGCAGCAAUGUAAAUAUUAAACAUUUCACUCCUGUGCCAUGCCAAGAAGAGAUUCCAGAUGAUGAAAGUGGUACAGAGUCUUCUGAAAAAGAUUGUUCACCAAAGUCAGCUAAAGGUGGUACUCACUCUAGUACUUCUGAUCUUUUGGUAGAAGGCAAAGGAGAUAGUCUAAGAGAAAAACUCACAUUUCUAGAUUCACUUCAUGAUUUUGAUCUUGAUAAGAGCUGUGAUCAACUUUUUUCAGUGACUCAAGAAGAGUAUUAUGAGCCUUCCCAAGUAAACUGCAAUCCAAAGAAACAAAACGAGAAUUUCCCGAGAAAAGAAGUUUCUAGUUCACCUGUUCUUUGCCAAACACCUCCAUUGCAGCCAGACUUCCCUCUGUCACACAUCCACUGUCAAAGUCCUUCCAGUUCAAAAAUCUUUCCUCAGUGUAGACAUGAUUCAUCCCCAUUAUCUCCUCAGUUAAAAAGGAAGUUUUCCAACAAAGUUUCUCCUCCAGUUUUAGCAGAACAGCAAAAGAAAAACAGUGAUAUCCACACUUUGUAUGAAGACCCAGCCUGCAAGGACAACAGUGAGUGUAAUUAUAUUGCGAACCAUAAAAAAACAGCAGCCCUGAUUUCUCCAGUUAAACCUCCGUCAAUUGACCUAACUAAACCAAAAUCUUGCCAAAGGCUGUCCCAGUUGAAUAUCAGAUCUCAGAAUUCUUCAUCACAAGUGAACAAAGAUGAUGAUAUUAUCCUUUUGUUGGAUUCAGAUGAAGAAAUGGAGCUAGAACAGACCAAAAUGAAACCAGUUUCUGACAGUCUCUGUGGAGAAAGAAAAACACCAAGAACCCUUGUAGGUAAAGGCGAGGACGUGAAGAAUAGUCCCAAAUCAUCCAAACCUUUUCUGAUUAUUGAUAUUGAUAGUGACCAAAUGUAUUCUCAAAACCCAAUAGCCACAGAAGUUGGGGUACAUAGAGAUAGGGGUACAGAUGUUCUGACUGAGAUGCAGUCACGCAGAAAGGGCAAUAGCUGUUUGGAUGAAGAUUUUAGACUGAUAUCCAAACAUGACAACAGCAGAGAGGAAAGCAGUAGCACAGAUACUUCAUGGCUGGUUCCAGCCACUCCCCUUACUAACAAAAGCCGUGAUUGCUCAUCCCAGAUGCGAGUCACAAGCAUCAUUGCUAGGCCACGUGUUUCCAGUUUACAGGAUAAAGUUUUACAGUGCAAGACUAAAGUACUAGUAGAAAAUAAAAAUGCUAACGAAAUAACAAAUGAAGUAUCUAUAAAUGUGCCCCAGCCAUCAUCUCAUCUGGUACCCAUUACUUCAGAAACCAAAUCACUCUCAGAAACCUCAGUCAGUGAGAGAUACUCUUACAGAAGCCCUGCCAUUCAAUAUUCAAAGGUUAAUAAGAACCUUUCCACAGUAGUCCCAAUUCAGCUUUCACCUGAGCCUGCUGACUUAAUUAAACAGUCUCUGGAAAACCCAUCAUCACACACAAGGCUUUCUUCUGCUGAUGACAAACCUGUGCUGAUCCAAAAUGUGUGUAGUGAAGUGGUAGAAGUGGUGGAUAGUGAGGAAGAGCAAGAUCUCGAUCCCUGCCCUCUGAGUAGCAGCUUACUGCUAAACAGUGACCCCCCAAUUCCUGUUGAUGACGACUACUGGAAUAUUGAACCUCUCUCACCAAUUCCAAUUGAUAACUUGAACUUAGAGAGGACUGGCCACCUAAGUGCUAAUAGUCCAAAUAAAGUAUGUGAAACUAUGAAUAACAGGGAGAGAAACUCCCCUGCAACCCCGAGUAGAAUGAGCAGUGCUCCUGUUUAUGGAAGUCCUGUUGACAAAAGAAGAUCUUUACACUGUAAUGAAAAGACAUCUUUAUGUGCAGGCUCACCUGGAAACAGUAAUCUAAGCUAUUUGAAUUCAACUCUGUGGGAUGAUUGGGAUGGAGAACAAAAGUCUACAGAAAUUCUUCCUUUGGCUAAAAGAUUGUCAGAUGAAAAAGUAACUCAAGAAUUAGAGGUGUUAAAGACUCCAAAAGCUGUUGAUCGGAAGACUAAUAGACCCCCCAAAGUUCCUAUAACUCCAAUGCCAAGUUAUUCUAUCAUGGAAACACCAGAACUGAAGAAAGAAUUGAAUAGAUUUGGAGUCCGUCCUCUCCCCAAACGCCAGAUGGUACUGAAGCUGAAGGAGAUUUUCCAGUACACCCACCAGAUCUUGCCAUCUGACUCUGAGGAUGAAAUCCAGGCUUUGCAGACAUCCCCUAGAAUGAUGGCGGAGCCUUGCUGCCUAACUCAAACGGCUUCUCAAGUCAAGACUUCAGGAGCAGUGAAUGAGUUACCACCAGCUUCCUCCAGUUGUGCCCUGCCUAGUGUGGAGAGUGGUCAGUCAGAAGUUUCAGAGAACUUAUCCACCAUCAGUCACCGAAAGCUAAAGAAUCUCACUAAAGCCCACAGCAGAAGGAAGCAGGCACGUAAAGCCGCCCUAACACUAACACAACCACCAGCUGAAGAUGUGCACUCAGGCUCUGCCAGUGAUAAUCAGCUCUCAAUGUCUCAGAAAUCCAUCGCUUCUUCUACAGAUGAAAGUGAAAACUCCUUUGGUUCACAAAGUUCUAUUGCCAGCGAGUUUGAAACAGUCUUUGAAUCUGAAGGGGAAGAAGAGGAGGAGAUCACUGCUUCCCAGGCUGCUGCCCAGGAUGCCGACAGAGAGGAGGCAGCCAGACGCUACAUCCGAUCCCGUCCAGCACUUUACCAGAAGAUUCUCCUUUACCAGCCCUUUGAGCUUGCUGACCUGCAAGCAGAGCUGAGGCAGAAUGGCAUCAAGUUUGCCAUGGGAAAGCUGUUAGACUUUCUGGAUGCUCAUUGUAUUACUUUCACCACAGCUGGAGCCAAAAAGGAAAAAUUAAAGAAGAAACUGCCACCAGGUGGCAAAAAAAGGGGGAAAUGCUAUUGAUAGGGGCCAUCCCUUUCUCUUCUGCAUUUGCCCAUCACCAGCCUGGAGCUCUUGUAACCCUCAGGAUCUGGGUCUCUUGUCAGAGCUUGCUUGGGGAGUUGCUUAUCUGCCCCAGGUCAUCUGCCCACAAACAGUCAAACAGCAGGAAAAGCUAGACAUCCCACUGUACUUCUAGAUUCCCAUGGCUCAAGAUUGUUUUGUUUGUGUGAAAUUUCUCUAAAAGCUAUCUGACCUGAAUUUUCAGCUCACUUGGAGAUUUACCUAAAAAAGUGCAGACCAGAAAGUUACAUUCAGCAUUUUACCACAGGCAAAAGGAGAUAUUGCACACUUGGACUUCUGGGUUUCUCUCUAACAUAUAAUUUAUUUGAAUCUAAGAAGAGCCUUUUAUUAUUUCCCAUGCGUUGUAAGCAGCCAUGGAGCAAGUCAGAGGUAGUCACAGAGGUGAGGAGAUUGAGACACCCCUCUUUCCUGUAGUGUCCAGCCUUGAUCUCUGUGUACGUGUCUCCCCUGUCACCCUCCGUGCAGAGAGGAGGACUGAAAUCUUUGGUCACCACGAAGCCACAUGUUUGAAGCGCUCCUCCCAAAUUGACUCUUCCUCUAAUGCAGUACUUAGUACCUUCUCCUCUCACUCGUAUUUUUCAAAGAAAGGGCAUUUUUAGAUGUUAGCCUGCCUUGACCAUCUGUCUUCCAGGAUGUUUGCCUUGUCUCUAGAGGUCUCCUUUUUUUUUUUAAAGCUUUCAAAUGUUUCCUGUUUUGGAUAGACUGUCAUAAAUAUUUCCACUAUAGAAAAGAAAGUUUGCACAGUACAUUUUUAUGAGUGGGAAAUGGAUUUGCUGAAGAUGUCUUCAAAAUGUCACAAGCUUAGAAAAGCAACCCAAAUGUUGAAAUUCAGUUCUUUAUAUUGUGUCCCAUGUUUAAAAAAAAAAGAAGGAAAGAUAAAGAAAAUAAAAGGAAAAAAUAAGGAGCCAGUGCAAGGCCCAGGAUGAUCUGUUGCUUCUCUUGGGUUUCAUCCUUUUCUUUUCCUUCUAACUCUUACCUUUUGGGUUCUUUGCUGUUCUCUUUUACUGAAAACUCUUCUCAUUUUGCUGUAACUUUGUCUUUAGCACUACUGCUUUUACCCAGUCCUCUCUCUUCUUAAUCUUCUAUCUCAUUCCUACGUUCAAAUUUUGCCUCCAACUUCUGGGCAUUUUCUGCAUUUAGGAAUGGAAUUGCCAGAGGUUCAGGUUUAACACUUUAGUCAGAAAAAUCAACCUGUGUGUUCCAGAUCUAGGCCUUGUCCCUUCCCAUCUUAGGCUUCAGUUCUGUCCACAGUGUUAUGUGAUGAUUUGCACUGAUCUUAAGAGUUUUAUCCCUUCUCAUGAUGAAGAGAAUUAUCCUUUUGUUCUUGUGUUUUAGCAACUUUUUGUCCCCAGUUCCCUAUUCUUUCCAUUCCUGAAGGUCAUUCUUGGGUACAGGUAUCUUUGCUCACAUCCUAAAAGAGUUUUUUCUUCUGUCUUCUUCCUUCAUUGUCCUUCCUUCUUCUUCCAUUGUGGGUCAUGCCUCAGGUCAUCUGUAUUCUCAGUGGAGGUAUCCUGUUUCUUACGUGUUUCCUUGGCAGCUAUCAUUGGAAUUGGUUUGGGAUGCCUCCUUGUACUGCCUUUCCCCAGGUCACAUGGUUGUGCACGUGAGGACUCCGUGUUAAUGGCAGACAGGCAGUGCUGAGCAGCCAGCCAUUGAGGACUUCAUGGAAUCAACCCCUGUAAGAGACCAAAUGUUAGGGUUUUUUAUGAGCUGUGGAACAGUGGGGCAAAAAUGUAGUGAAGUAGAUUGGAAAAGAAGGAAAGAUUUGAAGCCUGUGAUCAGUAUUAAUGUUUUUGUCUAUUUUGUAAAUAACACAGUUUGAAUUUUAUGUGAUGUGCAAUUAAAAAAAAUGCUUCAAGAGAA